GUUCCUAAUUAAUCUGAAGCAAAUCAUAGUCUCUAUUCAACGAAAAUGGAACAACAUCACAAGAUUGGUGGUGAAGGUUUGAUAAAUGUAGAUGCUGUAAUUGAGGACAGGAUCAGUGAGUUGCCUGAAGAUUUGCUUCUGCAUAUAUUGUCCUCACUUCCAACAGAAGAUGUCAUAGCCACUAGUGUUUUGUCUAAACGUUGGAGAUCUCUUUGGAAGUUGGUGCCAAAACUCGAGUUUGAUUCUGAGUAUCAUAAAUCUAAUUUUUCAGAGCAUGUUUGCAGAUCUUUGAACUUACCUGAGGCUCUGGUUCUUGAGAGUUUGCAUUUGAUAUUUAAAUAUUGGCAUCACGCUUCGGAAUCUGAUGUUGCGAUGUGUGUUGGAAUUGCUUUUGAACGCCAUCUGCGUAAAUUGGUACUCGAUUAUGAAUUUCAGAAGCAAGGCUUAGAGAUAUUUCCGAGUGUUUUGUGUAGUUUUAAUAAUAGACUAGAGACAUUGGAACCCUCAGGCUCAAUGGUUUUGGACCUUCCUUCUCCGGCUUGUUUCAAGUUCUUGAGGAAGCUGUACCUUUACGGUAUAGACUUCGAAAACGACAAAUCUGUUUGCAACCUUUUAUGUGGCUGCCCUAGUCUUGAAGAUCUGAUCAUGCAUAGAUGUGGAAAUGUGGAGACCUUAACUGUUGCGGUGCCAUCGCUGCAAAGACUAACCAUAGAUGAUAUGUACACAGAAGGAGAUAAGAGAGGCUAUGUAAUAAAUGCUCCUUCUUUGAAAUACUUGAACCUUGAAGGGAUUUGUACGAGUGAGUUUUUCCUGAUUGAGAAUGCGCCAGAGCUGGUGGAGGCUAUGAUCAAUGUGGUUUCUGAAAUAACCAAUGAGAACAUUCUGGAAACCCUAACUUCAGUCAUACGUCUUUCCUUAGACUUAUCACCCCUCAUGAUUAAGUAUCCUACUGGUAUAAAAUUCAAUCAGCUUCUAUGUUUGGAGCUGAGUACAUACGCAAAAGAGUGGUGGAAUCUACUUUCGCUCAUUCUCGAUAGUUCUCCUAAAUUACAAAUCCUAGAGCUCAUCGACACAUAUAACUUUUGUGACAAAGCUAGUUCGUUCGGUUGGAAAUUGAAUCAACCGAAAUAUGUACCAGAAUGUUUGUUGUUCCAUCUUGAAACAUUUUUGUGGACAGGAUACAGAUGGGAACUAGGAGAUGAGAGAGAAGUGGCUACGUACAUUCUAAAGAACGCAAGACGCUUGAAGAAAGCAACUCUCUCCACAAACCCUAUUGAAUCUAGAGAGCUCGAGGAGUUGCGAAAGAGACGUGAGAUGCUCAACGAGUUGGCUAAUGUGGCUAGGGCUUCAGAUUCAUGUAACCUCGUGUGUGAAGCUGAUACGUACUCUUGAAACUGCCAAUUGGUAGUAUAGUUUCUUUUCAAUUAGGAUUUCUAUAAGAAAAAUACUAAUAUGUAUAAAGAAAAAAAAUAGAUGUCUUAAUUACUAAUAUGUAUAUAGUUUUGUCCUUAUGUAUCAUUUAUCUUAAAUUUGCCAUGA